AUGCCUCAUCCUCAAAGAACAUCAGCUGCUAUCACAGCAGCCUCCACCUUCUUCCGUGUCUUUGAGAUAAUAUGCGGAGGCAUCAUCGUCGGUAUCCUGGCAUACUACCAACACCGCGUCGACAAAGCCCCUGAUGGCCGACAAAGCGCGCGAAUCCUAUACAGUCUCAUCAUCGGAUGUGUCGGACUUAUAUGGUCCCUCCUCGCCAUUUCCUUAUUCAAGUUGGCCUCAUUCCACCUCCUUCUCGAUUUCAUCCUCUUCGCGGGGUGGAUAGUCGCAUUUGCUCUCUUAGUCAACCUCACCGCCAACGAUGACAUCUGUUCUUCCUCCUGGUUCGCCCAUUACUGGGCCUACUACUGGGGCGGCUGGUGGUCAUACUUCCUAGAUGACCUGGCGAUUUCGAUUCCGAUCGGCUAUGCACCGGGGUGCGCGAGCUGGCAGACCGUCCUGGCCUUUCUGUUUAUUGGCGCGGUGGUGUUUCUUUGUAGUGCUGUUGUUGGCUGUGCGACCCUCUUGACUCGUCUUUCGGAAAGACGCUCUCGCCGGGACACCCGGAAGCCGGAACAGGAUGGGCCUGUUUGA